AUGACGGAUUGGGACAAAUAUUUGCCGCAAGUGGUGGGAGCGUACAAUAGCACGCAGCACUCAACAACGGGGAUCAGUCCUUUCAAGAUGCAAACAGGCAGGCAGAGAGCAAUAGCCCUGACGUUCUUCUAUCCAGAAUAUGGAGGGCAGAAGACAUCACCUCAAGCAUACGUGAAGGAAGCAUUCAAGAGACAACAGGAGUUGAACGAACUGUGCAUAAGGAAUACAGCCCAAGCACAGAUGAGACAGCGGAGGAAGUGUGAUGAGAAAAUACUUCAAUCGAAGCCAUAUACUGUGGGACAGCAUGUCUGGGUGUUCCAGAAUGUCAUACCUCCAAAAGGGACGAAAAAGCUGCUAAAGAAAUGGAGAGACCCGUUCAUGGUAGCAGAAGUGCACCAGCAGGACUGGUGUGUGACGCAAAACAUGGAAGGACUCGAGUAUCUACUGGUGGAGCCGGCGUGCGAGGUAAAUGAGAAGAGCACCAGGGAGAAAAAUGAUGGCAACGAAAGCAUGAGUUUGGACGACAAUGAAAAGAUAGAGGUAGGCUCGGACGAAAAUCUUUUGCAGAAGAGGACUAGGAUGAACCAGAACAGGACGAGGUGCCAAAAAGGACAGAACCAGAUCCGCUCAUGA